AUGGCAGUAUCCAAAGUGCUGCGGAUACCAACCAAUGAUGAAUUUGGAUUGACAGAAGCAUUCUGGGAGUUGACAGGAGUUCACAAUGAAAUGUCAGAAGUUCUUGCUUCUCACAGCUUUUUGGGUGCCCAUCAAGAAGCUGAUAGCAAGACCGCCACGAAUAACUUUACAGAGCAAGUCUUGCAACUCCGCCCAAAACUUAAGACAAAAAAAGCAGAAAUGCAAGGCAUUGUAAGGAAAACAGAUGAAGUGAAUGGCUAUUUGGAUGACAUCGUUAGAGUACCACCAUCAGAUGGAGAGAAAGAGAAGUAA